CGCAUUGUACUCUGGGAACUUUUAGUUCGAACUAUUGUGUUCCGUUCAUGCCGAUUAUAGAGACUUUUUAUUAGAUAUAUAAUAAAGAUAUAAAAGGUAUAUCUUCCUACGAAAGGUCACUGGAUGACUCAUUUUAAACCGGUUUGAUCGUUUUAGUUAUUAAGCGCAGCUGACUGAGACUCGACUGGACUGUUGUUGUAUGUGUGUCACUCCAGCAUGACUUCAGCUUCCACAAAGGUGGGCGAGAUCUUCUCGGCUGCAGGCGCUGCUUUCUCUAAACUGGGUGAACUGACCAUGCAGCUGCAUCCAGUGGCAGACUCCUCUCCCGCGGGAGCCAAAUGGACCGACACGGAGAUCGAGAUGCUGCGUUCUGCAGUCCGCCGUUUCGGUGAAGAUCUGAACAGCAUCAGCUCAGUCAUAAAACAGCGGACAGUUGCCCAGAUUAAGACCACAGUGAAAAGGAAGAUGUAUGAGGACAGCAGGGUACCUCUCACUUCAGAGUCGCCUAAAAAAACCAUGAAGAAAAGCCCAGUGACGCUACCGCCGCCUCCUGCAUCAGUCGCCCCGUCUGUUAUCGCUGUGCCGACCUCAAAGGUUGUUGUGACAUCUGGAUUGCAGAGUUCUUCAUCUUUACAACCAGCAAUAAAGAACCCUAAACCAGCAGAUGUGACUCUGAGUGCUCUGAAUGACUCCGAUGUGAACAGUGAUUUGGUGGAUAUCGAGGGGCUUGGAGAGGGUUCCACUAAAAAACCAAACUUUGACCAAGAGAGCUUGAAUCUGGACUCCAGUCUUAUAAUGAACUCCAGUGACCUGCCUCUGCUGUCCCGCUGAUCUUCACUUGUCAGUCGAAGUGAUAUUCAGGUGCAACGGGGGGAGCAGAGAUGAUCAAGUUUGAUCAUUGCUGUACACCUCUACCACCUUUUCUGCUGUGGCCUCGAACAGCACCAGAUCUGUACUACAUCGCCAACCAUUCUCUACCCAUGUCAGUGAAAAAAACUCCAUCCUUAGCUCUUAUUAUGCAGCAAAAAUAGAAAAUGAUUGGUUUGUGUUGUGUGAUCUGAUCUGAUCUGUCCACAGCUGAAAAGGGGUUUACAGGACAGUGGUCAAACUACUUGUAAAAAUACUUCCUCUUUUUAAUUAUUAGGCCCUUUUGGCUGAAGUAAAGCUUUGUGAAGUGAAGCGAGAUUCUGCUUUUAAUGAAAUUUUGGCAGCACAACAUCAAAAAUAGUUUCAGGAAAAUUGGACCAUUUUCUUCCACUGCCACUGUAUAUUAGGUACAGCUUCUAUUGUAUGUAUAUAUAUGUAUAUUAUUUUUUACCAUUACAGAUUAAUUAAACCGGUCAUUUCAACAGCAAACAUAAGACAUGCCUGCUUAAAUUUCAUAUGAACAAAUCGUCCUGUCAUACAAUUUCUUGGCUUGGCAUAAAAAGACAGCAUGCAAAUCAAUAAAAUGAGUUUUUAUUAGGAUCUUUUUCAUAAGAAUAUAUGGUGUAAUAUACAUUUUAUGGUAAAUGAUAUUUCUUCUCUGAUAAAUGGACAUUCAUCAUGGGCGACCAAGAGGGAAUAAUUGUACUUUUGCUACCAAUAUGUCAAAAAAUAUCCAUCUUUCACUUAAUUUUUUCUGGCUUCCAGAAUAUAUUUACAACUU